AUGAACUCGACAACUGACAUGCCGAUCCGAGACACCCUGUCCCAAAGCGGGACAAACGUGACCGUGACAAUCCUGAUGUGUGUGCUUGUGAUAGCUCCUGUUGGAGAUCUUCUCAUUCUUGUUACCAUCCUACAGACCAGGAAACUUCGACGCCCCUUGUACUUGCUCAUGGCGAAUAUCUUCCUGUCAGAUAUCUGUUUCGUAACCAUAUCCCUUCCUCUGAAUAUCGCCACUCUCCUGCAUGGUUUCCCGCCAUAUGGCACUGUCGUCUGCUACAUUCAAUCCUUUGUGACUUUUGGUGCAAUUAGUUCAAGCGCGUGCGCUAUAUGUUCGAUCGCCGUGUACAGACUGACCCAGGUGUGUUGGUCUAGUGUGUACAUUAGGAUCAGCACCUGGAAGUAUAUGUCUGUCGUCAUGGCUGCAGUGUGGACAGUCCCAGUCGUCAUGGCAGCAGCUGUUGGGGGAUCAGUUGAAUAUAUAGAUUAUAAAUUUACAUGUGACCACACUGGACCCCACCUGGACGUUGUGAGUAUCACUGCAUUAUACCUCCCCAUUGUGGCUACUAUCCUGGGAUGCUAUGUGAAGCUGUACCUCCACACGAAGAACGCACUCCAGCGGGUCCAGGCGGUUAUGACCUUACCCCUUCCCGCAGCCAGCCACGACGUUAACAGAAAAAUGGAUGAUGUCAUUUUUAGAUGCAUCAUGAUCAUAUUUGUUGAGUUUAUCGGGUUCUAUGUUGGCCCAGGCGUCCUGAACGCAAUCCGGAAUAAAUCGGAUCCACCCAGUAAAGGUAUCAUUGGAAUCAUAUCGUUCUCCGUGUACCGGAUCCACCCGCUAGUCAGGAUGUGUACCUCAGUUGUGUUGAACAAAGAACUCCGAGACGCAGUACUCAAAUUAGUCAGGGUUGUCAAUGUUGACAGACGCAGGUAG